AUGCAGCAGUGCCAGUGCUCGUUAAACGACGAAGCUUCCGCUGCUGGUUCCUCUUCUGACGCGACUCGCGAUCAACCCGCGUCUGGCUGCAUUCCCUCAUCUGCCUCCUCCCAUGCCCUCCCCGCUUCCUCCUCUACCGCUUCCUCCGCUUCCGCUUCCUCCGCUUCCACUUCCUCCUCUUCCGCUUCCUCCUCUUCCGCUUCCUCCUCUUCCGCUUCCUCCUCUUCCGCUUCCUCCUCUUCCGCCUCCUCCCUUCCUCCCUCUUCUUCUCUUCCCCAAACCUCUCCUCAACACAUUGCCUCAUCCCACUCCUCUUCGACCUCUGCUUCUCCCGCCUCCGCUGCUCCCCCCGCCACUUCCCCAUCCGCCCCCACACCUGCGCCCGUCAUCCUCCCCCUGCUCUCCGCCUCUCCGCCCCCGCCCUCCUCCCCCGCGCCCUCCACUCUCCCCUCUGCGCCGCUCCCCUUAGGCCCAGGCCAUUUCGAGUAUCUGCCGCUGAAGGCUCCUUUCCGCAUGGCCAUGGGGGUGCAACCCAUGGCGAUGGAUGACUGGAUACAGAUCGACCCGUUCUACCGGCAGGAAAUGGCUUUAAGGAAAGCCAUUCUAGCGAAUCGUCGAAGCACGGUCAUUGGCAGAGUUGGGGGAGAGAGGGGGAGGGGGGAGUGUGUGGGGAGCAGGGGCAGGGAUGAAGGGGAGUGUGAGUGGGGGAGAGUGAGGGAGGGAGGGGGGGAGUGGGAGGAUGGAGUGAGGGAGAGAGUGAGGGAGGCGGAGUGGGAGUUACUACACAUGCUGGCGGAUUUCUUGCCAUCCCGAUUCCCACACAUCUUCUCCCUUGCGCACCAUCACCUGCACAACCAUGCCACGGGUGAUUCAUUCGACCUGUCGGAUUCAUCACAAGACCCUCUGGAGAUCAUAGCUCAACUCAUACAGCUGGAUCCUGCCCGAGAAACUCGGGCUGCCCACCGCACAAAUCCACACACCCGCCGAUUUCAGAGGCGUCUGAGAGAGAGACGUUCGUACGCCUGCCCAAGUGAGACCGGAGCGGUACUGUUCACCAUCCGCACGCACAUGAAGCCGCUGCGAGUGUUCUCCGGGCCGCGCCAGCUGGCUGCUGACGUGGCGCGGGCCAUGGACGCGCUGCCAGGCGAGAUCCGGCAGUACAAGAUGAUUGGAGGGCGGCUUGCUGACGUGGCACGGAAAUAUUUGAUUCAAUGCUCAGAUGGGGCUGGCGUAGUGAUUUAG